AUGAACCACCAGUCGAGCGACUUCCUGGCCAGGAAGUUACGUCAAAACUGGCUCACGCACUACCACGAGUUCCGAGGCCUGGACGACAUGGAAGACGAUGAUUCUCUGACUAAUUUGGGAUGGCUGCAGAAUAUUAAUGUGACCAAAAUGGCUGCACCGCUGGCUCCAUUGUCUCCCCCUAUGCCCACUUCAUGGCCUCCGACUAAUGUCGGGGCCAGGGAAUCUACCCCCAAACCACCAGAUCGAUGCCUUCGAAACACCCUGGAGUUGUACAAGCAGCACUGCAUCAAUUACGGUGUCAAUCCGAGGCAGUCUCCUCCAUCGAAACAACAGAGUCGUCAGUCGUACCUAUUCAACAACUACCACCAAGGCUAUCCGCGCUACACACCGCGUCAGCCGAGCUCGUGUUGGAAGGCGAAAAAUCAGAGACAUUUCAUCAAGCGACGAGGAAGUCUCUUCAACCGAUUCAAGGUCCAAAUGAGCAUCAGGAAUGCUGGCUCGGCCUACCACGUGAUCAAUGGGAUACCAUCCAAUGCCAUCUACCCAGGAACCAACUGCUACCGACUGAAUGACUGCCAGACACUGCUAGCCGUCACGACCUCCCAGAAGACUGCGGUGGGUGAAGUGGCGUUUCUGAAGGACUCUGGAAGGGUCUGUGGUGAAGCGGGUCUAUUCGACGACCUGUCACUGAAGUGUGCGCCGCCGACGAUCGAAACUGUGAACCCGGAAGACAGGCUGGUGUUUCAGACCAAUCAGGGCAUUAGGCCACCUUACUCCUACGCGGUACUCAUCUACAUGAGCAUGGAGGCGACGAAGAAGAACAAGAUCACUUUGAAUGAAAUCUACUCGUGGGUGGCGGAAAAUUUCGCCUUUUACCGGAAAUCUGAACCGACUUGGAAGGUGAGAAAUCGACACACGAUUCCGUUCUUAUUUCUUGCUCUCAGGCAGACGCUGAUGAGGAGUGCCAUCUUCCAGCGCGUGCCACGGCGGAAAGAGGAGCCAGGAGGUUGGGGAGAUCUAUGGCGACUCAAUCCCGACAUUCGGACGAAACUGAAGGAGUUAAGCGGCCAAAGUGGUCCUCUGGUGACGUCGGAACCAACGGUGUGCCGAAGCACAACUUCGGGCCCACUAGAACCGUCAAGCCCCAAAGUGGUGGUGCAGAGCGCGCAGCGAACGCAUGGCGAUGACCAACCGAAUGCCAGUUUAGAUCAUUGGGGAGGAAAACGUUGCUCCGUUUCAAGCUCCUCGCCUUCGUCAGUCGAACUGCACACACCCCCUCAGAGCCAGCCUAGCUACCCACCCAAGUCACCACCUUUUUUGUCGCUAGGUUUACUCAACCUUACACAAGAAGACGUUUCGUUGCUACAGAACUCAGUGGUUGGACGUCAGUCACCGAUUGAAUCCAUUGGUGACAGCGGCAGCAGCGAGGUUAAAGCCGCAGCACCGGACUUCAGCAGCCUCCUGAGCUCCUCGCUUCUCCUCAGGGAAUGCAAACACGAAUCAGGGAGCCCGUGUCGCAGUGACGGGGACGACGAUGCACCCGAGGAAACUCCGAUCGAUAGGUCGAGGCGUGAAGACUGGUGGCCGGACGAAUUCACUGGGACAGUCGACAGCCUCAUGGGGGACUUCGACAGACCGAUCUCGGGCAACCAAAAGGCGGCCCACAGUUCUUUCGUCUACCAACCAGGUACCCUACUCGACACCCCAUUAGACUACUCAGUAGAAACUUCAAGCAUCCUACACGAGGAACAGCCCUGGGUUGACGACAAGCUUAAUUUGGAGGAGCUUGACAACAUUCUCGGUCUGAAAUAG